UCAGCUCCAACGUGUGACUCCAGGAAGAAUCCACAAUGAAAAAAACAACCCAUGGUUGCUUCCUACUGGUCAUCCUUCUAAUUAGAAUGGUUCCAAGUCUUUCUUCUACUGUAAAUUACACUGAUACUACCUUAGAGCCUCUAGUAACUGAGAAUUCAGUCAUACGGCAGAAGAUCAUAGAUUCGCAGUUCAAAUGCUAUGAGAGGAUGAACAGAGCUCCUCCAUAUAAGAAAAAAGGUCUGUUCUGCAACCGAACGUGGGAUGGCUGGUUGUGCUGGGAUGAUACUCCUGCUGGAAGAACCACUGCUCAAAACUGUCCAGAUUAUUUCCCAGACUUUGAUCCAACUGAAAGGGCCUCAAAAUACUGUGAUGAGACUGGGAACUGGUUCCGCCAUCCUGAGAGCAACCGAACUUGGUCCAACUAUACCCUGUGCAACUCUUUCACCUCUGAAAAGCUGAAGAUGGCGUUCAUCCUUUAUUACAUGGCAAUCGUUGGCCAUGCCUUGUCUAUCACAUCCCUCUUGAUCUCCUUAGCAAUAUUCUUCUAUUUCAAGAGCCUCAGCUGUCAGAGGAUAACUCUGCACAAGAAUUUGUUCUUUUCUUACGUGCUGAACUCUGUCUUCACCAUUGCCCACCUCAUCGCUGUCGUCCCCAACCCAGGCCUGGUGAAAAGGGAUCCUGUGAGCUGCAAAGUGCUGCAAUUCUUUCAUCAGUACAUGCUGGGCUGCAACUACUUCUGGAUGCUGUGUGAAGGCAUUUAUCUUCACACCCUGAUUGUGGUGGCAGUCUUUGCUGAGGAGCAGCGUUUGCACUGGUAUUACCUGCUGGGCUGGGGAUUCCCUUUAGUACCAGCAUCUAUCCAUGCUGUUGCCAGAGCCAAAUACUUCAAUGACAACUGCUGGAUGAGUGUUGACACUCACUUGCUCUACAUUGUUCAUGGACCUGUAAUGGCAGCUUUACUGGUCAAUUUUUUCUUUCUUCUUAACAUCGUGCGCGUGUUGGUGACGAAGCUGAGAGACACCCACCGUGCUGAGUCCAACAUGUAUAUGAAAGCUGUCAGAGCCACUUUAAUCCUGGUGCCCUUGCUAGGAAUUCAGUUUGUUAUCAUACCCUGGAGACCAGAAAACAGACUUGCUGGAGAGAUCUAUGAUUACAUCAUGCAUAUAUUAAUGCAUUACCAGGGCUUACUUGUGGCAACUAUAUUCUGCUUCUUCAAUGGUGAGGUACAAGGAGCUCUGAAGAGGCAAUGGACACAAUACAAAACCCAGUGGGGCCAAAGGCGCCGAGAGCACUGCUCCACGCGAUCUACCUCCUGCACUGCCACAUCCAUCUCAGAGGUCCCAGUUUACCUCUACCACCAUGACUCCAACAAUGAACAGUUCAAUGGGAGAUACACAGAGGACUCUGAACUCGUUGCACUAAAAUCUGGAGAGACAUCUGCCUAGCUCAGCACCAUCCACUGUAAACACACCAUUUCAUGUUCUGCUUGUGAACAAAGUAGGAAGAAGGGUAGGAGUGGAAAUCCAAGCCACAUGGGAGAGGGCAAGACCAGCUGAAAGGUACACCUUGCUCAAACCACAUCAGCCUCUGCAAGUAAUGACCUGUGAACAGCAUUUCUUCCUGUGCUGUGCAGCAGGGAGGAAACGUGGGCCUGCCCACCAGGCUGUGUUAUCUCCGUACCUCCUGAUACCAACUGUGUGAAGGGACAACAGUGCCAGGUAGCAAACAGCAAAGGAAGAACCAGGAAGUGGCAACUGGAAACUUCCAGCAAGUUUUGCUUUUGGUUCUUUUCUUCAACAGCAGAUUUUGACCUAUCAGCUUUCAGAAGAUGUAACUGGCUUGGAGUCUUUCACUUGUCCCCUUUUAAUGAGCUUGGUAACACCUCAAAAGAUUUUGCAUGCUGCAAGACAAAUCAAAGAGGAGAGUCACUCCUAAGUAGUCAAAUCUUGAUGGUCUCCAAAGGACAGACCAAAAAUUUGCUAUCCCCAAAGGCUAUCCCAAAAUGUUACCAUCCUAUCAGCAAGCACGUAAGGAAAUCAAGGUGAAGAGGUCAUUGCAUACCAGGAUCACAACACCCCCAGAGAAACAAGCUGGAUCUUUAGGCUGCUUCACACAAGUCCUGAAGGCAUCUCAGAAGAGUUUUUAACAAUAUUGGUGGCUCCUGAAUACUUAUAGAGAAAAUUGUCAACCUGCUGCUGCACCCAGAAGCUCAUCACCAAGGCACAAUUCUUUCACUCUGAAUGAACUGGGACAUUAGUUUGGAAACGGUGAUUUUUCUUUCCUGGCCAUUCUGAGAUGGAUGCUGGGAUAAAAUUAUGAUCAAGGCAGUAAAGAAUCCCAGGGAAGAAGGGAGAAGCUGAUGUCUGCGCACGGGAAGCAGCUAUCUUUAGAGUCUGAUUGCUGCUCUGAGUCCCUGGUUGUUGAUGGUGAUGAUCUCAUGUGUGAGGCUGUCAUCAGCAAAACACGAUGCAGAGUUUUGUGAGUAAUAAGCACCUUUGAGCACAUGUUCAAAGCAUAGUUAGUCUGUGAUUACUGAGGCAGAAAUCAGGUCAGAGAGAAGCUAAUCUGCAGUGAGAAGUUACAAAGCUGUCCCUGCAGAGGUUCUGCAGCUCACGGAAUAAAUGGAAUAUCUGGCUUGGCCCACAGGAAGCUAAAUGCAAAAACCUGCAACACCAAGGAGGCUUUGGAAGGGCUGUGACUCCUAUGGAGUUUGAUGCAUAAGCUGUCUGAUGAAGUUAAUGCCAUUCCUGCCUGCAUCCCUCUGAAAAAAAUUCCCAGCAGCUUUCCCACUCCAGCCCUUGGCUGAGAUGUGUGUGGGCCAUUUCACAUGCUAACAGCUUC